UUGAACACAACGCCGCUUUUCACCCAAGAUGCACCUGUCCAAGUGAACUGCCUGAGAAAAGCCAUUUUGUUGUGCUAGCCUAGCUGCGCUGGGUAAAGAAAGGCAGCAGUGACAUGGCUCAGUUAUUUCACCGCUAACUAUGUCUCUCUUACCUGCUCGUGUGCUGUCGCCUGAUACAAUGACUGAACUUGUUGAAAGCAGUGAGUAGGCUUAGUCACGCGUGCCAUGGACUAGCCCGUGGCGCUGCAGCUGAAGCUAAAGUGUGCUACAGUUUCACAUCUCAUGCUGUUAGCUCGCUGUGUGUUUACUUAGCUGGCCGUAGUUAUGUUUUCUGACUGAUUAACUCAACGCUAAGACAAGUGUUCCUCCUGUAAAUGUGUUUGAAACACACCGCGACCGUCUGCGCUGUCCACCAAAGACUGCGGGUUCAACAACAAAGAGGCUGUGCUGUUGUUGUGUGACAAGAACUAAAACAGUCCCAACACUAACUUAGCAACAAAACAAAAAAAAAAACACUUGAACCAUACAGCGUUAAGCCCAAAGCGCUAAUCUGAUAAUGGCAGAGGACACCCGACAGGACAAGAGAGACAGAGCCAGCUUCUCUGCCAUAACGGAGCACAACACCAACGGGAUGGCCAGGACCUCCUCCACCUCCUCGGCUGCUGUGGCCUCAAGCAAAACUGGAGCUUCAAAGAAAUUAGUCAUCAAAAAUUUCAAAGACAGGCCAAAACUAGCCGAGAAUUACACCGAGGACACGUGGCUGAAGCUACGGGAUGCGGUGGGUGCCAUCCAGAACAGCACCUCGAUCAAGUACAAUCUGGAGGAGCUCUAUCAGGCGGUAGAGAACCUCUGCUCGUAUAAAGUCUCCCCGACGUUGUACAAGCAGCUACGGCAGGUCUGUGAAGAUCAUGUGCAGGCCCAGAUUCACCAGUUUAGAGAAGAGUCUUUGGACAACCUUUCCUUCCUGAAGCGAAUGAAUCGCUGCUGGCAGGACCACUGCAGACAAACUAUAAUGAUCCGAAGUAUCUUUCUCUUUCUGGAUCGCACAUAUGUACUUCAGAACUCCCUACUCCCCUCCAUCUGGGACACUGGGCUGGAACUGUUUCGUACCCACAUUGUGAGUGACAGUGCAGUUCAGAAGCGUACAGUAGAUGGCAUUUUGGAGCAGAUAGAACUUGAGCGCAAUGGAGAGACGAUAGACCGCAGCCUGCUCAGAAGUCUGCUGGGCAUGCUGUCAGACCUACAGGUUUACAAAGAUUCCUUUGAGGAGAGAUUUUUGAUUGAGACCAAUCGCCUGUAUGCAGCAGAGGGACAGCGGCUGAUGCAGGAGAGAGAUGUGCCCGAGUACCUGCAUCACGUGGCUCGUCGACUGGAGGAGGAGAAUGAUCGCAUCAUGAGCUACCUCGACCAGAGCACUCAGAAACCACUUGUUAGCUGUGUUGAGAAACAACUUUUAGGAGAACAUAUGACUGCAAUGCUACAAAAGGGUCUGAGCACCCUGCUGGAUGAGAACCGUGUGACUGAGCUGACCCUCCUCUAUCAGCUCUUCAACAAGGUGAAGGGAGGACUUCCUACACUGCUUCAGUUCUGGAGAGAUUACAUAAAGUCCUUCGGUGGAGAGAUUGUAUGUACUCCAGAGAAAGACAAGGACAUGGUACAAGACCUGCUGGACUUCAAGGACAAGAUGGACAACGUGGCACAGAGCUGUUUUACACGGAACGAGGGAUUCAUCAACGCCAUGAAGGAAGCCUUUGAGACCUUUAUAAACAAGAGGCCCAACAAACCUGCUGAACUUAUCGCUAAAUAUGUGGAUUCAAAGUUAAGAGCAGGGAACAAGGAGGCUACAGAGGAGGAGCUGGAGAGGAUCCUGGACAAGAUAAUGAUAAUCUUCCGUUUCAUACAUGGAAAAGAUGUGUUUGAAGCUUUUUACAAGAAGGACUUGGCCAAGCGUCUGCUGGUUGGCAAGAGUGCUUCUGUUGAUGCUGAAAAGUCUAUGCUCUCCAAGCUCAAACACGAAUGCGGAGCUGCAUUUACCAGUAAGCUAGAGGGGAUGUUCAAGGACAUGGAGCUGUCCAAAGACAUAAUGAUCCAGUUCAAACAGUAUAUACAGAACCAGAGUGAACCGAGCAACAUAGAACUUACUGUCAACAUCCUCACCAUGGGUUACUGGCCUUCAUACACACCCAUGGAGGUCCACUUGCCCCCAGAGAUGGUAAAACUCCAGGAAGUGUUCAAGCUGUUCUACCUGGGGAAGCACAGUGGGAGGAAGCUGCAGUGGCAGCCCACGCUGGGCCACUCUGUACUAAAGGCAGAGUUUAAAGAGGGUAAGAAAGAGCUGCAGGUCUCCUUGUUCCAGACACUGGUGCUACUGAUGUUCAAUGAGGGAGAGGAAUUCAGCAUGGAGGAGAUUCGCACUGCCACUGGCAUAGAGGAAGGAGAGCUCAAGCGUACGCUGCAGUCCCUGGCCUGUGGGAAAGCACGCGUCCUCAAUAAGAACCCUCGUGGGAAAGACGUGGAGGAUGGAGACCGUUUCAAUUUCAACAAUGAUUUCAAACACAAACUCUUCCGCAUCAAGAUCAACCAGAUCCAAAUGAAGGAAACGGUGGAGGAGCAGGUCAGCACCACGGAGCGUGUGUUCCAAGACAGGCAGUAUCAGAUUGAUGCUGCUGUGGUGCGCAUCAUGAAGAUGAGGAAGACCCUCAGUCACAACCUGCUCGUAUCAGAGCUCUACAACCAGCUAAAGUUCCCCGUCAAGCCGGGGGAUCUGAAGAAGCGGAUCGAGUCGCUUAUAGACAGAGACUACAUGGAGCGUGACAAGGAGACUCCUAAUCAGUACCACUAUGUUGCCUGAAAUGGGGAAACCACUGUUGCUGCCAUGCUUUCCUCACAGCAAGCGUACAGCUGGUCCCCCCCACACAAAAAACAAAAACAGCAUUACGGCCCUACAGCUGCACGACUCUCCUCUGGUGGCCAUCUUUCCCUCCAUCCACGAUCCUGGACGCAGUAUCCAGAUCACACACAGAGCUCCAGAGAGACGAGAGAAACUUGGCUGAACUGUUCCCACUCCGCGUCAUCUUUAGUGGGCUGGGGCUGCAGGAGUGAAAUGGGUUGCUCAUGGUUGGUUUAUAAAUCUGCUAAUGCAAAACUCAACUGAAAAUAACUUAGCACUUUCCUCUGAUUUUUGUUUUGGGUUUUUUUUCCUCCUCGUUUUUUCCUCGUCUGGAGUGGGAUCUUUUUUUUUUCCUCCAUCACAUCGUUCUAAAAUCACUUAUUUUCUACUAUAGUUGGUUUGUCUUGAGUUUUGUUUUACUUCUUUUUUUUUUGUUCAAGGCUUUUUCCUUAUGAAUGGCUGCAUAAACUGCUGAGUGUAAACCAGAUUGGUUGGUUGCUUGAUUUUGGCAGACAAACAGCUAUUGAGGACAAGAAGAGACUUAAGAAAGAGACUUGAGAAGAACGGAUUGGGGUGCAGAGGGGUUGGAUCUUAUAUGGGAGGGUUCAUUGCUUGUAACACAGAAGCUAAAAUGACAUGCAGGCAAGCCACUUGGGUAUUUCUUUUUGGGUACCUUAUAUGUUUUGACCAAAAUGUCCAAUGUCAUGUGCUGAUGUUUUUGUAGAUCAGAUUGUAUUCUAUGUAAGAGUGAGAAAAGUGAACCUGAAUAAAUGGAUAUUUAAUGAUUCAAUGAAUGAUUUGUAGAUAA